AUGUACCAUCUCCAGCAUCAGUGCAUCACCUUAAUACCCGAGGAAGUUCACCACGUUCUUGCUGCUCUCGAUGAAAACAAAGCGACUGGCCCUGACAAAAUACCAACGAAACUCCUCAAAAACUGUGCGUCCAGUAUUUAUUUAUCGCUAUGUGAUCUCUUCAACAAGAGUUUAUCUCUGGGUAAACUUCCAAAUGAGUGGAAACUCUCCAAUAUUGUUCCAAUCCCAAAGAAAGGUCCAGCUGAAGAGGUAUCAAACUAUCGACCAAUAUAUCUGUUGUCCUUGGUCUCCAAAGUCUUCGAACGUUGCGUCUACAACCGACUCGUAUCACACAUUUCCACUCAACUCCACCAUCUACAAUUCGGUUUCCUCAGAGGCAAGUCAACCACCUCACAGCUUCUGCACGUUCUCCAGGAUAUUCAUCAAGCGUUGGAGAGUCGAAACCAAGUCGACGCUGCGUAUUUGGACUUUGCAAAAGCGUUUGACAAG